CGUGUUUCUCGGAAUAACUUCCUGUCUUGUUGUCAUGGGCGACACGGACGCGGGGAGACUCCACACGGUCGAGUGUGGGAAUUUUGGCGUUAUUUUGGGUCAAAAUUAAAUCCCUGGCAAUUGACUGAAGCGAAAUGCCACCCAAGGGUGCAAAAAAAGGCGCGGCGGCGAAGAAAACCGCCGCCGCACAGGGUCCGGACGUCCAGACUUGGGAGAGUGGUCUCGCCAAUGCACAGUUUGACGAGGACAACUGGCAAGCGUGCGUGUGCUUCUUGGUGGGUCGAAGUCCGGACGACGAGGACCUGAUCCGGCUGAUGGCUCGGGCCGUGCAGCAACCGCAGCGCAAACUUUUCACCUCGCUCGCUUGGGAGGACACCGAGGCCAAGAUUCGAGAAUAUGGGAAUCCCAAAGCGAAAAAACGUGACGCUUUUCCUCAGUACUACGAGGUGACGACGCCCGCCAGGGAGCUGCUCGAGGCCCGCGAGGAGAUCCCCGCUGAGCUCAUGGCGCAAAUAAUCAAGUUUAUGCUGCUGCAGGUGAAAGACAGCGACCAGCGGAGGCGCAAAACAGAGCAAGUUCGAACCGCUGCUCCUGUCGCCAAAGGAAAAGCCGGAGCGAAAGGCAAAGACAAGAAGGCAAAGGAUGAGCCACCUCCUAAACCCAAAACAAAACUUAAACGCAGGGAUGAUGUCGAACCACCCAAGUACAUAGACGACGAGCCCAACGACGGCCCUCAACAUUACAUCCUGCUGAUGGGCUUCCACCAGCCUCAGCUGGUGGGGACGCUGGAUGGCGCCGGCGUGCACGUCGCCAACGUCAUCAGGCUGAGCGCCACGCAUCCGCCCUGCGAAGAGGACCACGAGGAGGAUGAGGAAAACCCCGAGCCCAACGCGGAUGAAAUUGCUGCCGAAGAGGCGAAGGCUGCGCAGGCCAAAGUACUGGACCACUUCUGGGCAGCACUGAGGCAAGUUUUGGACAACGGAGGAGCAAACUCCAGACUGCACAACGUGGCUCAGCUGGAAUACGCCGUCCCGGACCCGUUGAUGACCUUUGACCGGCAGGAUUUCGACUCGGUGACGGAGGUGGCGACCCAAAUGUUUGACGACGUGGCCAAUCUCAUCUAUGACUGCCUGGACUGGCGCAGGCAGCACCAGCACUACUUGGACAGCGCUAACUUCAUACGUGUGCCCUCUGUGGUCUCGGGGCAGGACGCUCCACCACCUGCAGAGACUGGAGCUACCGUGUCCCCACGUUCGAAGAAACCAGGACGCCCUCCAGCCGCAAAAAAGCCGCCGUCCUCUCUGACCACCGACGUGGACAUGAAUCACUACAGCAGCCUCAUGGAGCACAUCCCGGCCGAGGCCUGCUCCGUGCCGCUCAUCUUGCACUGUAUGCUGGAACAGGUCGUGUUGUCAAAUGAGCAGCCCCCGCCGUCGCAAGCGCCUGACGACUCCGACCCCGAGACCGCUCCCGGUCUGGAUCACCACGUGGUGGGCCAAAUGCUGCAAAACGUCUUGCCUGAGGUCGAACCAGGGGAAGAGAAGAGAGACUUGCUCUACAGUUUGUUGACCACUGUACAGAGGCAAGAGGACAAGGAGAUGCUUAAGGAACAGUUUCAGGUUGAGGUGUCACCGAGAACACCCGAGCAGCCUGUCAUCAUCAGACACCAUGAUGAAAGGGCGCUGCGCUUAAUUGGCAUAACUGGGACUCAAGGUUUGGAUCCAGCCCAGGAGGAGGCAUCCAUGAUGAAGCAGUCGCCCACGUGGAGGCUCAUCAACUCUGUGGCUCAGCGGCGCUCCAACAGCUCCUGCUGGAGGGCCAUCAAACAGCAGCUCCAGCGCCAGUGCACCGAUGAUGAGGUGUCAUGGCCGCAGGUGGAGCGCUUCCUUCACCAGAGCGUGUUUGAGAGCAUGCAAUUGACUGGAUUGGAUGAAGACGGCGUUCUGGGAAAAGACUGCAGACCUUUAGGAAUGGUGCACCAUGCCAAAAAACCCCCCGUCAACCCCUGGGACAACCCGUUGUCCUUUGCGAAGCAGAAGCUUCGCAACCAACGCAAGAAAUCUUCAAUGUUUCUCCAAGAAGACUCGACAGAUUCUACAGAGAUCAGCGAGCGCCUAGUCGCCCGGCUGGACCUGUCUGACAUUCAGAGUUGCCGAUUGAGGUCUCUGAAGGAUUGGCACUACGUUGAACACCACGAGGCGGCCAUCUUUCCUCAGGUCCUCCAGUCGGCCGCCCAGCAGUAUCGCUGUCUGGACACACUCAGAGGAAGUCAUAAUAACGUCUUGUACAUUUUCUGCCACAAUCCCAUGAGUUCCAAUCGCUUGUGCAAAGAAUUCUGGGACGUAGCCAUUCAUACGGAUGUCAAGUUCAGGACAUAUUUGGAGCAUGUAGCAGACACCAUCAGAGACUGGAUUGAGAAAGAGGAGCUGAAGAAGCAGGAGUUGGAAAACAACCAAACAAGUCCCGAGCAAGAUUCAGAAACUUGCACAGAGGACGAUGAGGAGUCACAAGUGGCUUACAUCACCAAAAACUCACUCAAAGCCGCCAAGAUGGAGGAGGAAAGGUUGAAGGAAGAGGAAUCCAAAAAAGGCAAGAAGCCGGCCAAGGCGGCGGGGGGAAAAAAGCAGAAUCCGGCCAAGAACGCCAAGUCCGCCGAUACCAAGAAAAGCGACAAAUCCGCCAACACGGCCAAGAGCAAAACGACCACCAACAGCUCCACGGUGGCCGCCUCCGACCAGUCGCUUUCCAUUAAAACGGAAGACAAAGAGGAGGCCGGCAGUGGCUUCACGGGCUUCCACAUGGAUGGAAUGUUGGUCCAUCUGUCAGGGUCUCUCCAGUACCUCUUUCCUGCGGCUGGGGGAGACGUUACCGUGGAGACCGUCAGCUACGUUGAAGGUUCCAGGAUGCUGAAAGUGGCCGUGAAGCAAGACGGCCACCACUUCUACACGCACGUCAGCCACGUUGUCCACGCAGCGAGAAAUGACGUGAAAGAGCAUCCUGUCAAGACGACCGUAGAGACCAGGCGGGGCUUCUCGGCGUUGCUGGAUAACGGCGUCCGGGUGUCUUACAGCUUCGAAACACCACCAGAGAAAAGCAAAGCCCCACAAGAGAGUCUCAAGGAAACAGAGAAAGGGCAUCAAGAGUCGACGGCAGCGGAGCUGACCGACGUCCCAAACGACGACGGCACCCCUGCAGAGGUGCAGGUGUGUCCGUGUGAAAGCCAGCCAGAAGUGUGCCCGAGUCCAUUCAACAGCCUCAGCUUGUCUGUCCCUAGUGGCCUACUUGUGCAGUUUAUGCGUGAAGAAGAGGACCUGAGUAUGCUGGUGCGACUGAGUUUUCACGCCGCAGGCUGCCAGGAGCCUUGUCUGGCCAAAGAGGCGUCUCGCGUCAUCACCAGUCAGGGAACCGUGAUCCGAUACAUGAAGGACUCCUCCAGCGAGGUGCUCUUUGCAGAUGGCACGGUCAGUUCCAGCUUGGAUUCCGGUCCAGUGUGGGUACAAGAAAUAGAAGAAGUAGAGGCUCCGGAUGAGCAAAAUCCAGAGAACCAAGUGACUUCUCCUCCUCGAGGGUUUUGGGCGACGACGACGCCCUGCGGUACUCGUGUUUGCACCGUCGGUAGCACGCACGAACAGAUUCCCGCCUGCGCUCUUCUAACCUACCACACGUCCGACCCGGUCACUCACGAGACGAUGCUGAACCGCGAAGAUCUGGUGGUGACGGUGUGGAAGCCGGAUGGCUCCGUGAGCAUCAAUCAUGCAGAUGGGACGAGAAUCACCACCUUCUACCAAGAAAGGCCUCCAAGCGCGGCCGAGGAAGGAUGUGUCCCUUGUUCAGAAGCGGACAAAGAGAAGGUGGUGGUGGUGGAGAACGAGGCCUGCGCCACUGUGUUGAUGUACCCCGAACGACACGUGGCGGAAAUCUGGUUGGCUGAUGGGACCGUUAUCACCGGGAAUAAUAACGGAGGGUAUCAGGUGGUCCCAUCCAGUGUUGGGCUGCUGUACAUCCAAAGUGACGGCAAGUGUGUCUACUCCAACAGAUCCCCGUGGGGUGGCCUCCCAUCUUACAUCAUGAGUCACACUGACAAAGUGGUCUGUGACAUAACGGACCUGGGGGGAAACUACUUUCAGGUGUUCGAAGACGGCCGGGUGACUGCACAUGUUGGCCUAGCUCCAAACCCACUGCAAGAGGAAGAGGAAGAUGCAGACAAAAGGACGACAGCCAUGCCCAGAGACCAUUGUCCUAGGCUAUUCCUGGUGCACGAGGAUGGUUCCGGUUCCGAGCUCCUGAGUAGCCAAGCUGUGACAGAGCUGCUGUACCAGGCCAACCUGGACCCCACCGUGGCUCUGGUGAAGGACCCGCUACCAGACACACAAGGUGAGUUUGGCGUCACCGUCUUGAAGCCCGGCCUCGAAAACGUGCGGUCCAAGUGGGUGCACGUGAAGCCGGACCGUACCGCCAUACCUCAGAGCUUCCGGAACCGCAGUGGGCACAGGUCCUCCAGUUUUGAGAAGGCUCACAUUCCUUUAUUUGGGACCACUACGGGGCACGUGACCGGCCCGAAAAAGCGCAGCGCCGACACUGUCGCUGUCCUCAACUGCCCCAAAGUCCUGGAGAUCAGGGAACUCUACCAGCACAGGGAAUUAAGCCGACGGCUCAGAAACAUGGUGGACAUGCGACUGAAGGAAUAUAUUGAGAGUUUGAUGGAGAAGGCACAGCGGUCGGCUGACGUGAUGCUCAAGGAGCCUCGGACGGAAGGGGAGCGAGCCCAGGCUGGGAUUCUGCUGAGUCAGUCUAUUACAGAGGAAGACAAAGAAACCUGCAGCGUCACAAAAAGGACCCCAGGGGACAUUGGCAGUCUGUACAACAAGGCCGUGCAAGCUCCGGUCGAGAUGUCGGACAAUCUCAACGAUCCCGCGAUGAUGGGCCGUCUCAGCUGCACCAGCAUCAAGGAGUCAAAGUGGACAAGCACACUAGAACAAUACAGACAGGAGCUGUACGAAGUGAAGGCUUGCAUCGAGGCGCUGAGGAAGAAGAUCAUUGUGCCGUACUUUCACCCGGAAAAUAUCUCAUUACACCAGGAAAGACUCAUAGAGGGUACGUUAGUGUUUACUUGCACUUUGAUUGUGUUCCAGAAUCAUCAUCUCCACGGAAGUCCAGAAAAUAGGAGGCCAAUCUUGAGCGAUCCAACCUUCAGCGAGUCGGACGAUACGGAAGAAGCCUUCCAGAGGGACAUCCGACUAGAAGAGUCUCGUAAAUCCGCGGGAUUAUAUCACUAUGACAUUGUAGCGCCACGGCUCUCGGAACCGAGACCUUCUUAUUCUGCCAGUUACGCAACCGUGAGGAGCAGCAGGACGCCUGGCAUCACACCUCCAACUGCACCAGCGGCUCUUGGUUGUCGGCCGGACUCCUCCAGGCUUCGGAAGUCGGUCCAUGUGAAUGUAAUCGGGGAGCCCAGGCGGACGAACGUCAGACUUCCACCUUCGAUCACCAGCUCCAAACCCUUCAGUGUGCCCAAUCAUCACUUCCGCUCUGUGGAGGAGCCAGUGCGGCGCAGGUGUCGCACCAUUUCACUGGCUGACCCGAAUGUUAUAACCAGAGGCUUUGAGCUGCGCCCGUCCAGUGUCGAUUUUGGCUGGCAAAGGGAUGGCACGUUCUCACUCGUCACGGUGGUCAUGAAGAAUGUGGGCGUCGACACCUGCAGGUUCCACGUGAAACAGCCUCCGAUCUCAUCAGGCCUACGUGUCAAGUACCAGCCGGGACCUGUGCCGGCAGGUUUGCAUGUUGAGCUGAGUAUCGAGCUGUAUGCCAUGUGCGAGGCGCACGAGGGCUACAUGGAUCCCGCCAAGUACAUCACCCAGGACAUUAUCAUCCCCACGGAGACCGACAUCCUCUUUUUGCCUGUCACGGCCAAUAUCCUUCGAAUAUGUGGGGCCCGACACCAUCCAAGACCCAAGGGUUAA